AUGUCUACUCCUCAGCAUCUGAGAUAUCAUCGUUGUUGUAGAAGUGGUUCGGUUGUUCUUCCCUAUCCUUCUAGAAUGUCUGAUGAAUUUAUGGCCCUUUUUACUAACGACCAUUUUUUAUGGGACAUUAGAGCUUAUAUUAGUAUGUUCUCUAUGACAUCUUUUGGAGCAGAUGUUGAUGAUGAUGUCAAUGAUAGUCGAGGGCCUUUUGUGUUUAAGAUUUCAGGACAAAUUAGUCAUAAAAUUGGUUCCCUGUAUCCAGACCCUCAGAAAGGACCACAGUUUCUUUAUCUUUACUUAUUUGACACAGAAAAUGAGGUUGAUAACAGGUUGAGGGUUUUUGAUGGUCCAAGGAAACCAAAUUUGGAUGCGAGUAUAGUGUUGUUUCUGGUUUCCAAUGUUCCGGAUCGCAGAUAUGAUCUCCCUUCACCGGGAUCAUUAGGUUGCAUUGUUAGUGGUGAUGACAGUAAUUGCACUGCCUAUGAUAUUGUAGUCCAUUCUAAUUCUGGUCGUCCACAACAUGGUUGGUCUCCACGGUUGAAAUUGAGAAAUGAAAUUGGUGUCAAUGCUCGGAACCUCACAGUUAACAUGUACUAUGCAUAUCACAUCCAUGCUCGACAUGGAAUAUGGUCUCCAAUUUUAAGUGCCCCUCGUCUGUUUCAACAGUAUCUCGUGGAUGCAGAUACUUGUAUUGAGGCUGCACGGUUGGACUACAUUUCUAAACAUCAGGACAGUCUUCGUUCUAAGUAUGUUAGUGGGCUAUAUGAUGCGCUUUCAAAGGGGAACAGGGAAGGUCGGUUUGUAGGAAAACGAGUUUUUUUGCCAACCUCUUUUACAGGAGGUACCCGGUACAUGUAUAGUCACUAUCAGGACGCACUGGCCAUAUGUAGAGUUUAUGGUAACCUACAAUAUUUCAUAACUUUCAUAUGCAAUGUAAAAUGGCCCGAGAUAAGACGAUACAUGGAUAGAUAUCACGAGAAGGAUCCAAAUAGUAGGGCAUAUAUCAUUGCAAGGGUUUUUAAAGUGAAGGUUCAUGCUUUUGUGGACUUCUUGAAACGAGACAAGACUUUUGGUGAUGUUGAUGCAUAUUUGUAUACGAUUGAGUUUCAAAAGAGAGGUCUUCCACAUUGUCAUACGUUGUUAUGGGUAAAUAGUUCAUCUAAAAUACGGCAUGCUGAAGAUGUAGAUAGAUAUAUAACAGUUGAAUUGCCAGAUCCGGUUGCGGAGCCUGCAUUGUAUAGAACAAUUACUGCAUGCAUGAUUCAUGGUCCAUGUGGUCCACUAAAUGAAAAAGCUCCAUGUAUGAAGGAUGGCAAAUGUAAGAAACAUUUUCCAAAGCCAUUUCUCGAAUCUACAUUCUUUGAUAGUGAUGGUUAUGUGUGUUACAAGCGCUCUUCAGCAGCAAAACACAUAACACCACGUGGGAUUCCCAUAGAUAAUGUGUAA